CGUGUGCCUAUUUUGUUAAGCAUUUUUUUUGCCUUUUGUGAAGAUUCGGCGAUCGAUCACGCCAAAAAGAGAGGGAUGAGGACAUCAUCGUGACGAGGACUGAAAUAACUUGUUCGGUUGCAUUGCUAUAGUCAUCAACAAACAUAUCCCGUCGAAGGACGAGCUCUGUGCAAGAACUGACCCUCACCCUGAGGAGGAUAAUUCGCCUGCUGGAUGAAGAAGACGAAGCGCCGCUCUGGGCGCACCAGUUCCAGAGCUUCAUCCUCGCGGCGGCGGCGGAGCUCGACCUACCACGCUACUAGCCGCGCGGAGAGAUACAACCAGAAACAAACCUCUCGUCGAGCGCGGAGCAGCGGGUCGAGGCAGAACAAAUCCUCGGGAGGAGGCUCAACUUCGACCAGACAAAGGGACAAAUCUGGUGGCGGCCACAGAAGAAAGUCGAUUUCUCAGAAGAGAUCAAGAAACAGCGGAAGUAAGAAACAGCAGGCUGUUGAAAACCACCUUGACCCGCGGUACUAUUCAGAACAGAGCUCGGGCUCUGUUUACGACAGUCAGGCUCAGGAGGGAUCUUCUUACAGCGAACAAGAAUUCGCGUACAACAACUACGAUGAUCUGCAUUGCGGUCAACAACGAUACAAAAGUGGCGAUUACAUCAACGGACGAGGCUACGAUACCGCGACUUCUAAACAGCUGCAGCAACACAAGUACACCGGCCAACACCGCUCUGGGCGGUUCGGCGGAGCUGCGGGUACGACGGCCCGUGGUACAGGAGCCGUGGGCAGCGCCAGCCAUAGCCGAGGUCGAAACUACACGUUGCCAGCAUCAACCUCGAAGUUGAGCAAGUCCGCGAGCCAGACACUAUCGAAGCUGGAGCGGCUGGCUAUCCGAACCCGGAAAACCCUCUGGUAUGUCUCGGUUUUGCAAAUCCCGGUUCUGCUCUGGGUGUUCCUCGCGUCAACAAUCGCUUCACAAGACGGCUGCCCGAUUCUGACCGACCGAGUGUUGAACCACGCCCAGAAGAUCGACUGGGGCUUCGUCUUUGUCUCCUCUACGUUCACGCAGGGGCAGUGGCUCUUCGUGGGCCAGUGGCAGCUGGCGGCCUUCGACCCCAACAGCAACCGGGCCAAGCUGUGGAAUUUUAAGACGUACUUCGGCAGUCAGGGAUGGGAGAGAGGUAAAGUCUUCUUUCUUGUGACACAUCUUUACAUCUUGAAAAUCAUGACCUACUCUUUGUCUCUAUGAAGGAGGCUGGAGGUGCACGCUGUUUGUGUUUUUCUCUGUUUUGCCCGAAAUCAAUUGCUCCGUCCCCAACACCAGAGCUGAUGCUUUCCGCGUUCGGUGUGGGCACGUUGCUGUUCCUCGCCACCUUUUUCACCGUUGGCUUCGUUAUUUUGUACCUGUACACGAAAAAACGGGAGCAGAACAAGAGCAAAAACGGCUACGGGUACAAGACCACCACAAACUACCUCGUGUUCGACCUGAAUUGGUCGAUUCUGCAGCUGGCGGCCGGCGGGACGACGGUGUGCUUGAUCGGCAACAUGCUGCUGAUUAUGUACAUGGUGCUCACCGGGUACCGUACCAUCGUCGAGUCGCCCGGCUGCCGCGUCUCCUUCGGCAUGGGCUUCUCCGUUUUACUCGGGUGCACCGUGCUGGCCGCGAUGAGUUUCGCCAUGGUGUACAGCACCAAAUCCGUGAUCGAGAAAGCGUGCCGGCGAAACAACUUUGAGGCCCUGGCAAACGGCUCGACCAGUGCGUUGCUGGAUCAGUCCCUCACUUCGAACUCGUCCGAGGGCGAGGAUUCCGCAGAUUCGAGCCUGAGCAGCAGCGAAAAGGAGCAAUAUCCGUACUACACGGCGACGGGAAAACCCAACUACCAGCGGUUGCAGCAAAAUCUGAUUUCUGGUGGCACCGGUGGGCGGCCGUAUGGGUACGGAGUGGCCGGAGGUGGUGGAAAUUAUUACUACGGAGCGGGCAGAGGGGGUGCCGCGGCAGGGUACACCACAACCACGCGGAGGCAGUAUGUGAUGGUGUAAGGUAGUACCAAAGUCGUCGUGACUGUGCUCUACUUCACUGGAAGUCCAACGAGCUAGCACUCUUUCUCAACAUUUUGUUGUCUGCGAAAAGAACAAAAAAUCGAUUCGAUGGACGAUACAGCAUUUUGGUUUCUAUCUAUGAAUGCAUAUGCAAUAAAUAGGUACUACCUUUAUUUCUGCUGACUCAUUCCUGUUUCUCAGAUGUUGUCAUGAUUUUGAUAAAAUUUUACUCCGCAAAGUUUCUGCGAAAUGCAAAGGUCAAAAUCUUCAGAUAGAGAUAUAAGUACCUAUCUAGAAGUUGUUGGUGAAGAAUUCGAAUUUGUCCUGUUUCUCUUUCUGGUUUCGGGUAAGUUACUAAUGCACGGCGGCAGACGUUGUAGUUGAUGGUGGCUUUGUAGGCGAGUGGGACGAUACAACCGCCUUGUUGCCACUCAAGCACUACUUUCUGACAAAAACACUUCUACAAAUGAACGAGAACCAGUACCAGAGUAGACAGAGAGAGUCACUUGCACUUCACUCUUGAUGUUUAAUGAAUUCUCAUUUCGCCGACGUCGAAGUGGCAGCGGUCCGGUUGGAUGCCAAUGAAAUAGUCCUCGUCAU